GCAGCAGCAGAUCCGGGACGGGGAGUUUUGGCAGCGGGUCGAGUACACCAUCCUAGUCAUGUCGCCCGUCCACCAGCUGUUGCGCAGGAUGGAUAGAGGUGGGAUGAUGAUGUCCGUCGUUUACGAGUGGAGUCAUCAUCUGCUGCAGUUGAUGAGGACGGUGGACGUGCCGGAGGACAUGAUCGAGCCGUGCGUGCGUGAGGUUGCCAUCCGCAACCACCACAUGCUAGAGCCCGCACAUGCCGCGGCCCACCUCCUCAACCCUCGUCGACGGUCCCUCACGUAUUACCAUUCGCUGCAGACGACCGCCGAGGACCGUUGUGUGGUCGAGGAGUGCGACAGAUUUCUCCUGGCGCAGACCGGCGGCGAUCCGGUCGGCUUAUUGUACAGGACCGUGAGGGACCAGAUGAGGGCGUUCCACUCGACGCGAGGGGAUUGGGGAGAUCGUGACCUCUCCGAUGCCGAGGCGGCCGAUUGUAGGGGGGACAGCGAGACCGAGCGAUGUGCAGCGUGGUGGUUUGAGCAUGGACGUGCCCACCCAAGGUUGCGCACCAUCGCCAUCCGUGUCAUGCACUUGUGGACGUCCGCCUCUCCAGCGGAGAGGAACUGGGCGGAGCACGAGCGCGUUAGCACGACGAGGCGCUGCAAGCUUGGGUUCGCCAAGCUUGCACAGCUGGUUGAGAUUGCCACCAAUCUCAAACUGGCCUCGUGCACACGGCAGGGUGGUGGCUACGUGUUGCCAUGGGUUAUAGGGACCGAUCGGGGGGGGACGGCGGUAGAGGAGGAGGAUGAGGAGGGAGAUGUGGAGCCCGAGGUGUGGGGAGCGCGACCUGAUGGCAGUGGUCUCGAGCAGGACAUUCAGCGACAGAUUGUCUCUUUCCUUAUCACUGGUGAUGUGCCGUCGAUUGCACCGGUGAGUGGCAGCAGCAGAGCGGGCGCUGGUCAUGUAGGACGUUCGCAUGUGGAGGUUCGCGAGGACAACGCGGGGGAGCAGCAGUCACGGGGAGGUCUCCGUCAUACAGGCAGGCGUUGGGAGGUUAGGAGCGACAACGAGGCCGAGGGGGAGGCCAAGGAGGAGGAGGUGCCCCUUCGUGAUCGUCGCUUCUCUCCCUCCCAUCAUCCGAUCUCUGCACAGCCUGAGGCACUUAGGCGUUCAGAGAGGUUGGCGUCGGCAGCAGGCAGAGGCCGGACACAUGACGGUGAGGAUCGUGGGGGGGAGAGGACUCCUUCCCACGCCGGUAUCCGCCCCCGCUCGCCGUCGGUGCUCCGCACACAGGACUUCAACGUCGUAGGGCGUGGUGGGAGCUUGGGAGAUAUUAGUGUAGAGGGACGUCGAUGUGCCUCACUGCAGGAGGAGCGCACAGACGUGGACGUUGAGCCGGGCCCUGUUGAGACUGAGGAGGAGAGGGAUGCCCGUUUGGACCGAGAGGAGGAGGAGCGGCUGAGGAGUUUGCCACAGUGGGAGGGUCGGUUCGCAUUUCUCGACGAGCAGCGUCGGCAGAGGGACUUGGAGACAGGAGGGGGGGGGAGUCGUGACGUCGACGACUCGGGUGUCCCUGAGGAAGCGGUUCAGGGGGAGUUCGAUUAUGAGGGGCAGGAUGCCGCCGCAGGUGGUGGGUCAUAUGUUGGACGACGCGGCGACGAGGAGACCGCGGGUGUCCCUGAGGGGCACGAUGUUAUCAUGGGCCGUGGCGACAACGAGACUGCGGGUGAUGAGGGACAGGGUGCCGCAGUGUGCGGCAGAGGAGAGGGUAGACCCGGUGGAGAUAGGGAUACCGCGGGUCUCGGUCAAGACGAUGGACCGGACGAUGACGAUGACGACGACCACGGUUCCGAGAAUGAUCCCGACGUUAGAGGGAGGGAGUCCGGUGCGGGUGAGGUGGGGUCCGGCAGACCCAGCGAUGGCGGCAGAGAUAGCGCAGGAUCGAUGCCUCCACCGCCCGCACGGACUCCGGAGGCCAGGGUUAACACCGGGAACCGGACAGUGGCACCCGGAGUUGCGGACAGUGGCGGUUCCCCGCUGCCAGUCCGAGGAGGUGUGGGUGGCGGAUGGUCAGCUGUUCGUCGGGUCGGGGACCGGUUGCAGGCGGAUUACGACGCAGGGAGGGGCGUCUUCACGGGACGUACGCCUGUUCAGGCGCAGGCUGCGGAGGGUGGGUCCGGAUGUCCGAGCCUGCAGAUGGCAGGCCACAUGCUUGGUUUGUCACGAACGGAGACGAGGAUAUCAUUGGUCCUCGAGGCCCCAGGGACAUUCAMGGACAGGCUGCAGGGAGAGCAGUUCACAUCGGGCGAUGAGGGGUUGUUGAUGCGUCCCGGGAAGAGACGACAGCAUGGCCUCUCGGAGGUUGAGGCUCGACUCGCUGCAGGGGUCGCCGCAGGGCAGGCAGCAUUGGACGCGAUUCGGAGGGAGAGAGAGAGGGGGAUUGCUGCACAGGCGGAGGAGGACGAGGACACAGACACUGAGUUAGAGCCGAUCGAGACUGCGGUCCGCAGACACAGGGCACACGUGGCCGCGGCGGCCGCUGCAGCACAUGCGGCAUACGUUAGCGGGGCAUGUGGCACAGGUGCCGGAGGGAGAGGAGGGCRCCGGGGAGGACCGCAUGGCCGCCCGUCCGCCGAGAGAGGCCGCGCGCGCUCUGGUGGGAGAUSACGACAUGCGACAUAGAGAUGAUGUGCUAGUGAUAGCAAUGAAUGUGUUCUUACAUAAAUGAUUUGCUAAUGAAUGUCCAUCAGUCUC